ACGGCGGCGGCGGCGGUGGCUGUGGUUGUGGCUGUGCGGAGCUCGGCGCAAUCGGGCCGGGAUGGGACGGCGUGGGACGGGCGCAGAGACGCCGGCGGGCGGGCUCCACUUGGGCUCUGGCCGCCCCGCACCAACUCCGAAGUGCCGGGGAGGAGUCGGGGGCGCUGGGCGCUGAGCGCUGAGCUCCGAGUCGGAGCCGGAGCCCGAGCCGGAGCUGCCGCCGCCGCCGCCACCCUCGCCACCCUCGCCACCCUCGCCACCCUUGCCACCCUCGCCCCCCUCGCUGCUGCGUCUGGGGAGGAGCCGCCGCCGCCGAGAGAGCGCGCAGCCAUGCCCGCUGGGGCUCGCUAACCGCCUGGGGACGGUCACCCUGCCAGGGCUAGCCGCCGCGGGCACCGGCGAGGGGCGCGCAGCGGGGGCGCCCGCGCCCCCUGCCUCCUCCUCAGCCCGUGCAGCUCCCCCCACCUCGCAGCCCCAGUGAUGCUAGAUGAGAUGAACAUCCUCCGCUCCGAGGCUACCGGUGCCCUAAUCGUUCCCGUGUCGGCCGGGGGUCCAGCCGGCCACUGACCUGCCACCCCGGCCGCCCCCCCGAGCAGCCCCGCGCUCCGAGGACCAUGCCGCCCCCGACCCUGCCAGCUCUCCCGAACCUGCUCCGGCUCCUGCUGGCGCUCGCCGCGCUCUGGUGCCCAGUGAUGGAGAGCCGAGGAAUCAUGGACAGUCUCCAGAGAUUUUCCUCCUUGCCUGCGUAUCUCCCCAUGAGUUACCAUAUCUGCAAUGCUGAGGUCUCCUUCUUUCUGAAAGAGGCUAACCAAGACCUCAUGAAGAACUCCAGUCUGCAGUCCAGGGUGGAGUCCUUCUUCAUCUAUCGAGCCAAGGAGCCCCCGAUUGUGAAUGCCAGUUAUGGCCCCUUCUUUGUGGAGCAGGUGAUCCCCCGCGACCUCCUGUUGACUCUGGCACCCUUUGGCCACUCGGAGAAAUUCACUUUUAACUGGAAACUAAAGUCACACAUCCUUGACAGCUCCAUCUAUUCCAACAGACCUAAAGUACAGACAUUGUUUUAUGUCACAGGAAUGGAUUGGGAAGAGAAUAACCCAGUUGAAGACCUGCCCUGUGUUAAGAUGUUUGCCAUUCUAGAGGCCAGGGAGGUGGUGGCCAGCUGUAGGCUGCAGGGGGACCUGGGGCUUUGUGUGGCAGAGCUGGAGCUGUUACCAGACUGGUUGGAGCCUGUCCCAGUCCUAGAUGCUGAGGCAGAGGCUGAGGCUGAGUCAGCAGCGGGAGGCAUCCCCGUGGAGCUGUUUUACAAACUGUGCCCUGCCGAUGAUUGGGGCAGGUGUUCUCCAGAGGAUGGCAAGUGGGAGAACAAUAUCCAUUCGGGGCAAGAGAAUGUUCAUAAAGGGUUUUCACCCAUGGAGAGGAUCGGCAGUGUUGUGGUCUACCCAACGCAAGACCAGACAAAGAGGUCCCUUGUGAGGCUCGAUGAGAACCUUGUGAUCUCUCUGCCACUCAACCCUGUCAGGGAAGGGGACAUUGUCACCUUCUUUGUGUCUUUGGCUGGCAGCUCAACCGCAAACCACUUUACUCUCAGCAUAAAAGCUGCUCCCAGACUCAAGAUCAUGGCUGUGAGAGUCAGCAAUGAAGAUGAGUGGGAGAUCCAGGAGGAAAUCGACAAUGGAGAGACACAAACAACAGCAACCCUGGUGUGUGUGGGCCAUAUUCCAGAUAUCGAGAACAGAGUAAACACGUCCUUCUACGAGAUCUUGCAGAUGGACUUUGAAAUUGACAACAGCAGCGGAUUGGCAGGGGCUCAGCAAGUUACCUGGCAGAUCGAGUACCCCGAGGAAGACUCGGCAGGUGAGCUGGUAGUCUCAGAGAUCUUCGUCAGCCAGACAACAUUUACCGGCAUCGUUCCUCUGGCAACGGACACGGAAAUAUUGAACACAGCUAUUCUGACGGGGAAGACGGUCUCCAUUCCAGUCAAAGUGGUUGCUGUUGGAGAGAAUGGUUCUGUGGUCGAUGUUUCAGAUGAAGUGGAGUGUAAGUCCACAGAUGAAGAUGUCAUUAAGGUCUCUGAUAGCUGUGACUCCAUCUUUGUGAAUGGAAAGGAGAUGAAGAGUAAAGUGGACACCAUUGUGAACUUCACAUACCAACAUUUCACUACUCAGCUUGAAGUGACUGUCUGGGUCCCAAGGCUACCUUUGCAGAUUGAGAUCUCAGACACAGAGCUGAGCCAGAUCAAAGGAUGGAGAAUCCCUGUUGCUCCCAACAAAAGGCCUACUCGAGACAGCGAUGAUGAUGAGGAUGAUGAAAAAAAAGGAAGAGGUUGCACCCUUCAGUACCAGCAUGCCAUGGUGCGUGUGCUAACACAGUUUGUGGCUGAGUCAAUGGAUUUAGGAGGCCAGCUGACUUAUAUGUUGGGCUCUGAUUGGCAAUUUGACAUCACCGAUCUAGUGACAGAUUUCAUGAAGGUGGAAGAACCAAGAAUUGCCACAUUACAAGAUGGCAGGACCCUGGUUGGCCGUGAGCAGGGAAUAACAACAGUGCAGGUCCUCUCACCUCUCUCUGACUCCAUUUUGGCUGAGAAGACUGUCAUAGUACUGGAUGAUCGGGUCACUAUCACAGACUUAGGGGUACAACUUGUGGCUGGCCUGUCUCUUUCUUUGCAACCCAACAAAGGAAACAAAAGAGCCAUUGUUUCAACAGCAUCUGCUCAUGAUAUGCUUCAUGCCCCACAACAGGAAGCAAUAGUCAGUUCUUGGCUUUUGUUCAGCGACGGCUCGGUAACUCCUUUAGAUAUUUAUGAUCCUAAGGAUUUCGCUGUUGCCGUCACAUCAUUGGAUGAGAUGGUGGUGUCUGCCCAGCCAAGCCUUCAGUCCAAGUGGCCCAUUGUGGUUGCUGAGGGGGAAGGGCAAGGACCGUUGAUCAAGUUAGAAAUGAUGAUCAGUGAACCUUGUCAGAAGACCAAGAGAAAGAGCGUUCUGGCGGUUGGGAAAGGAAGCGUCAGGGUAAAAUUUGGGCAGAAUGUGGAUGAGAGCCAAGGAAGCACCAAUGACAUUGAGGGUGUCAAUCGUGAAUAUAAAGAGCAUCUCAGUAAUUCCAUAGAGAGGGAAGGAGACCAGGAGAGGGCCAUACAGGAGUGGGCCAAACAUGGUACUUCUUUUGGCCAGGAAGAAAGUGGCAAUAAAAGUACGACUCCACAAUCAUCUUUUGAGGGAAAGGGGAACAAGUUUCUUGAGAAUGGCCAACUCCAGAAUAAUGCAGAUGCCUUCACAAGUUUCCCUACCCAAGUAGAGUUACCAGAGCCAAAUAAUCCCAGUGAUCUUUCACUGACCUCUAGGGGAUUAACAGAUUUAGAGAUUGGCAUGUAUGCCCUACUCUGUGUCUUCUGCCUGGCUAUUUUAGUCUUCUUAAUCAACUGUGUGGCAUUUGCUUGGAAGUACCGACACAAAAGGUUUGCUGUGAGUGAGCAAGGAAAUAUCCCCCACUCUCAUGAUUGGGUUUGGCUUGGGAAUGAAGUGGAGCUCUUGGAGAACCCCGUGGAUAUCUCCCUUCCAUCAGAGGAAUGCACCACCAUGCUCGAUCGUGGGAUGCAGUUUGAAGAGAGCAACUUCCUUCUAAAUGGCAGCUCUCAGUCAGCACUGCACAGCCAUCUCCUUAGACCUGCUGAUUAUGUUUAUGAAAAAGAAAUAAAAAGUGAACCUCUCAAUCCUGGCCCGAAAAGGAAACGUGUCAAGUUUACUUCAUAUACUACUAUUCUCCCGGAGGAUGGAGGCCCAUACACCAACUCUAUCCUUUUUGACAGUGACGAUAAUAUCAAGUGGGUUUGUCCAGAUAUGAGUCUUGGGGAUUCGCAAGAGUUUAGAGACUAUAUGGAAAGACUGCAAGACCAGAUGUAAACUACUUUAUUAUGUUUGUAUUCACCUUUAUGCCUUCUGUUUUGGAACGAUGGAGCAGGAAGUCCUGUCAGCAAUAGGGGAGGAUGAAGUUGAGCUCAAGACGUGGAGGUCUGGAUGGACCACUUCACAUGUGGGUAGCAGAGCUAUGAUGGUUUCAUUUGAAGCCAGGGCGCCUCUCUUCAAAACCAUGUGGUGGAUUCUGGAAGGGCUUGGGGGGAAGGGGUCUAAGACAGCCAUUUUUUGAUACUGCCUGGUACUAGCACAGUGCUAAUACAAAUAAACUCCGACCCCACGGGACGCAAUGUGAGAUUCAUGGCAUCUCCUGAUGGACAGCCGUUUGGAAUUAGAGAGGACCUGGGGUUUGAUUUUUUUUCUAUUCCUAGUCCUUUGUAAAGCACAGUGGACAUUUCCUUGCCCUUGGCCUGAGAAUAGACAUCUUUGAAAGAUAAUUGAAUGUA